ACGGGUCGAUACAUAUAUGUAUAUAUACGAUGGUAAAUAAUCGCAAUAAUCGUAAGUUUUUAGAAUCAUCCGUGUAUAAAAUUAUUUUAUUUUACAAGAAUUCCUUGUUUAUUUCAGAUGGAGCGCCAGUUGCUACGGACACCGUUGUACACGAGGAUUCCGUGGCGUCCGCCUCCGAAGUGGGGGAGGAGGAAUACGAGGACGGUGACGAUUCGGACAUGUACAUGGAAGCGGAGAGUGGCGAAACCGAUCGGAUCGAUAAAGGGAGGGAAAGGGAGAAGCGACGCGAAAGUUACGCGAACACGACUGACCGUGGUCCGAGCGUGCUCGAGGAAAGCAGCGGGGAGGAAAGCGAGGCGUCCAAGUGGAAGAAGGAUGAUCAGGAAGCGGAAAAUACGAAGGAAACCGAUCGGGCCGAGGCGCCCGAUUCCGAAGAGAAAAGCUUGGAAACGGAGAGUCAGAACUUUUUCCCCUCGUUCGCCGACUUGUUCGCCAAUCACAGAAGUUCGUUCGCCGAGCAACAAAGGUACAGGCCUCAGAACAGAUUCCUGGGAUACCUGCAACGCGAUCGCAACGGUUAUCAAACGGCGUCGGGGGUAGCUGGGGGGAAAGACGUUCAUCAUCCCCUUCUGGGAUCGGGCAACUUCGGCGUGAUCCGAGGCGGCACCUAUUAUCCAGAGGAGAAGGAGAACGACGAAUAUUCGGUGGACGAUACUCUGUACAAUCCUUACUAUCACGGGGGGAACCGUGGCCGCGCAAAUUAUUUCAGGAAUCCUAAACCGCAACCGAUUCGCGGUGGCGAUUUCUUCGCGAAUUUCCGAGAUUUCGCCGACAUCACGGCUCCCCCCAAGUCCAGUUUCUCUCACUUAUCCGUCGUUUACGCGAAUAAAAACGGUAGCGCGACCGGGACGCGUCUCGGUCAGGAGCCGAGAAAUAUCAUCGAAACUCUGAGAAUGUUGGAAGAGGAAGGGCAAACUAGCUCCGAGAUGGCGGUCGGCACGGAAUUACCGAGGAAGAAACAGAGCAAAGGGAAGAGGAAGUUGAUGAAAAUGAAGCAGUACGAAGAGGACAAGGCGAGGAGAUCCUCCCGCAUCACCGUCGAGCCUUUGUUGGCGCUUAGUUGAACGUUUCGGAAUUGAAAUUGUAAGGUAGUGCGGACGCGAACCACGGAAUCUUUCCCCCCCUCCAAAAAAGAAAAGAAAA